AUGUUUCCAUCCCAAAGCUCCAUUCUCAUUCCACCACCUCAACCCAUGAUGUUUCACCCUAACCAAGCUUUUCACCAUUUUCAAGACCAGAUGAUGAAUGCACCUACCCACAACCCUCCUUUUGUGAUGGAGGGUCCUUCCAACCCCAUCACUAACCCCAUUUAUGGAAAUGGAAUAUCAAACCCUUCUUUGGGUGAUGGGUCUUCCCUAAGAGGCUUCGUUAACAGUCACCAACCUGUGAUGUUAGCACCAAAGAACAACAACAAAAUGGAAGCUUUGUAUGACCACCACAAAGGCAAAGUCAUAUGGGAUUUUUCCCAGAAAACCAUGGUUCAACCGUUUGAAGCUUCUUCUUCCAAGUCACCAUCACCUUUCUGUUUCUCCAAUGAAUAUGGAGUGGGAAUGAAUGAAUUUCACAGGGUCACUGAUCAAAGUGUAGAGGUGGAAAAGGCUACCAACAAUGUUAAUGAUAAUAUAAUCAAAGGACAGUGGACUUCCGAAGAAGACAGUGCUCUGGUGGAGUUGGUGAAUCAAUUUGGACCGAAGAAGUGGUCGCAAAUUGCGAAGUUGAUGUGCGGCAGAAUCGGAAAGCAAUGUCGAGAAAGAUGGCACAAUCAUCUCCGACCAAACAUUAGGAAGGACUCGUGGACCCUGGAGGAAGACAUGAUUCUGAUAAAAGCCCACCAGGAAUUUGGAAACAGGUGGUCAGAGAUUGCUAAAAGGCUACCUGGAAGGACUGAAAACACCAUCAAGAAUCACUGGAAUGGAACCAAGCGACGUCAGAGUUACAAGACCUACAACAAGAAUAAGACCUCCCCUUACGAAGGAUCGAUGCUUCGUGCUUAUGUUAAAAGGGUCACUGCUACUGAAGAAGCUACAAAAGUGCUCAAGAAACCCAUCACUAAAAAGAAUAAGAAGGUCUUGAGAUCCAACGGGCUAGCACCUUUCUUGAUGUACACUCGUUGUACUAAUGAAGUGUUCAUUGGAAGUAGCAGCAACCACGCCCCGAUGCAAGUUAACAGUAACAACGUUGCUGGUUACUAUGGUGCCAAUGGAAAGGAUGCAACCAAUAAGGGAAUGAAUCAGAUAAAUGCAAAAUUUUGA